AUGUACGAAUACGAAGUCUUGCUCACGAACGAGGGGGGAGAAAGCGUUACUAAAGCUAGUAGUGCGGAACCUGACGAAGAUGGGAUGUUUGUAGAGUUGGUAGACUUGCAGGAUGCAGAGUUUGAGGAAACCUGGCAGUUCAACAAGGAACUGAAUGCCAGAUCACUAAGCAGUACAUACGACGCCACAGAAAUCACAAUGCCUAGGUAUAUGGACGUACGCGAUGUGCAGCAAUCCGUUGGAUCACGCAAGGGCUCUUCUCGACAUAGAGACGCAAUCAAGGAUCUUAGCGACCUGCCAACUAUUGGAGUGAGAUAUUUAGAUACGAACGCUAGGUCUGACCUCGACGAGGAUAUAGAUACUGGGCGGGAUAUCAUAAAAGAGGCAUCAGAUUUGCAUCCGCAGAAGCCUUCGCGACUGGUGAGCCUUGGGACUCUACUCAGUGAAAGGUUUUCGAGAGCAGGAGCAAUAGCUGAUCUCGACGAAGCUGUCUUUGUAGUACGAGAAGCUGUUGAUGGAGCUCCCAAGAUGUCCCCUAACCACGCAAGAUAUCUUGAUUGUCUUGCGAUUACCCUGCAUACACGAUUUUGCGUAAUGGGUUCAACAGCGGAUCUUUCGGAUUCAAUCUGGGCUGCAGAGGAAGCAACGAGUAUAAUGAUAGAGGACAAAUCUGAUUAUUUGGCAUAUCGGAACACACUAGCGAUAACACUCAGAAGCCGGUACUUGAGAUCAGGUGUGACGGAUGAUCUCAACGAAGUCAUCCGCAUUCGGCAAGAGGUCAUCUCCAAAACGCCAGAAGAACAUUUACGCCGACCAGUGUACUUGACUGAAAGCGGGCUCGAACUCUUCUACCGAUAUCUGCUUCACAAAGAUGAAACGGACUUAGACGAUGCUAUUGAACGUGCGCGGGAGGCCAUUAGACUGGCUCCAUCAGGUGUAGCUGCGCCAGUCGAUCAAUCAUAUUGCCUCGCGUUUCUACUUGGAGAGAAGUAUGCGGUGAGCAAUAUGGCGACUCAUCUCGAUGAGGCGAUACGAGUUUCACAAGAUGUCGUCGAUCAAGUGCUGGAAGAAGAUCACAACCGUGCAAGCUAUCUUAAUAUGCUUGGUACCAUGUUACAUAGUCGGUACAAAAAGAAAGGAGCGGUAGUUGACCUCGAGGAAGCUAUCUUGAACCACAAACGUGCCCUAGCUCAUGCCGUUUCGCCGGCCGCAGUACGAAUAACGGCAGGCAUGAAGAUUCUCGAGUACAGCGCUGUAAUCGCUGACUGGCAGCACGCCUACGAGGCCUCCGAGGCUACUAUAGGCCUGUUUCCAGAGCUGUUGCCGUGGUUAAUCAACGAUUCAGAUAAGCAGCACGUACUGGAACCAGUCAUCGGCUUCGCAUCCGAUGCAGCAGCCGCAGCACUGCAUGCGGGUCAAACCCCUUCGGUUGCGCUUCGACUGCUGGAGCAAGGACGAGCGCUCUUUGCCACAUCCGUGGAGAACCUGAGGCCAGACAUGCAAGAGCUGGAAGAGAAACACCCCGAGUUGGCAGAAAAAUUUGUUUAUUUCGCAAAGGAGUUCGAUCGGCCCGUUUUACAAAAUCAUUUUCAGGACCCCCAACAUAAGCACCUGUUCUGGCAAUCGCAAAACAGGCGGAGCUUCGAAGCGAGCAGUGGACUGAGGAAGGUCAUCACACACAUUCGAAAGCUUCCUGAUUUUGAAGGCUUUCUGAAAUGCCCGAGCGCGGAGAGACUGCAGAGUGCUGCAAGAGACGGCCCAAUCGUUCUCGUGAAUGUCAGCAGCUAUCGCUGUGACGCAAUAAUGGUAGAGCUGCAUCGGAUACGCUCUUUGCAUUUGCAAGCGAUGGAUGUCGAGUGGCUGCGGCAGAAAGUUUUGAGGAAAAACGUGGUCAGUCCUGUUAUACUCGGUUGGCUCUGGGAUGUUCUAGCAGAGCCUACGCUGAAUGCUUUAGGCUUCUCGCAGGCGCCCUUUCAAAAUGCUUGGCCACGUGUGUGGUGGAUACCCACGGGAAUCUUGACGCAAAUCCCUAUUCAUGCCGCAGGACACCACGUCGGAGGGUCGUCGGAGACGGUACUUGACAGGGUCAUAUCAUCAUAUGCCACAUCUGUCAAGUCAAUAUUGAACAGUCAUCGACACGAAACCCCGAAUCUGCUUUCGAAUGAUGCGGUCCUUAUCGCUAUGGAAGAGACUCCAGGAUACUCUAGCUUACCCUCUGCUGGGAGAGAAGUGGCUACCAUCCGGGAUUUAUGCAAAGAGAUGGGCCUGAACCCUCUCGAGCCUCGACAUGUAUUCGGCAACGUGUUGUCAGCCAUGGCGCGGUGCAGGUUGUUUCAUUUCGCCGGCCACGGGUUUACAGACGCCCGAGAUCCGUCAAAAAGCUGCCUAGUUUUAGGUUCCGAACCGAGUAGGUUAUCCAUAUCAAGUGUACGCAAAAUGAAUAUUGGGAACCGGCAACCAUUCCUCGCCUUCCUUUCAGCUUGCGGUACUGCCAGAGUCAGGAAUUCGAGUUUUGUCGACGAAGGUAUCCAUUUGAUCAGUGGAUACCAGCUGAUGGGUUUUCGUCAUGUGAUUGGCACUCUGUGGGAAGUUGACGAUGGACUUUGUGCUGAAGUAGCUAAGGUCACCUACGAAGUAAUGCGCGAUGGGGCUUUGGGUGAUGUGUCGGUAAGCCUUGGUCUUCAUAAAGCCACAAGGGAGCUCCGGGAUCGUUCGCUGCAUGGGCUACAGGGCUACAGAAGCAGGGGAGGAGAUAUCACAGGAGUAGAGAUGCCAUUAGCAGGAGGUCAUAUGAGUGACACGGUCUCACACGAUAAAGUUCAAACGACUGAAAAAUGGAGGGACAUUGGCGAAUCUGACUCGGAAAAUGAGGCUGAUGAGCAGAAAGGUUGUUGGGAAUGGGUACCUUACGUCCAUUUUGGGGUAUGA